GCCAAUUUGUUCCUUGAUUCUCUUGAAACACCCCCAAGGCCACAAAAGAUCAGUCUUUUAGUCCUUUCUUUGCUCCAAAUUCAACGUCCUCAAUCCUGAAAAUGCAACUCUCAGUCCCGGCCCCAUCUCAGAGCCUCUCCUUCGCAAAAUCCCUCCUUUCCCCAACUCCCCUUUUCCUCCGCACGAAACUCUCCAGCCUCUCCCUCCACACCCCAACCCGACCCAACACUGUAAUCCGCAUGGGAGGUGGCCCCAGGACUUACCCAGGUGGAGUAUCCAAAUGGCAAUGGAAACGCAUGCAAGCCAAGAAAGCCAAGCAACUCCUCAAAGCCCGACUUGCCCGUGAACGCCACAUCUAUGAAAUGCGCAAACGAGCUGAGCUCCAAGCCGCCGUCUCCGAACUUGAACGUCCCUGGGAAGUCGUUGAAAAAGCACCCAACUUGUUCUCCGUUUCAGCUGACGAGCAAGUUAAAGUCUUGGCUGACAGAUUCCAGAAACCUGGCGGUUUCGAUAUGUGGAGUGACAGAGAUGGGCCCCAGUUGUUUGAAACUGUUGAUGGGUUGCCUUCUGCAAGGUUUUUUCCUAAAGGGGUUGUUCAUAGUGUUAAACCGUAUUUGAGAAGUAGAGAGAGUGAUGAAAGUACUAAGCUUUUGACUGAUAAUAAGAGCGAGGAGACCGGGAAUGAAGAUGGUAAUUCACAGAGAAAUGGGAAAAGGAACGGUGUUAAAUGGAGGAGGAAAGGGAUGAGGAGAAGGUUGGAUGCUGCUGAGGAGGGUAGUUUUGAUGAGAGAAAAGGUAAUUUGAAGUCUGAGGUUUAUGAUGUGACCUUGCAAAGAGAUGGGAGUUAUGGGAUUAAUAAGAAAAAAUGACUGAGACGUAAGAUUAUCAAGGCAGGAAGGAAAAUAGGCAGUGCUUUAUUUGGUAAUGUUCUUCUUCUUCUCCAAGUUGUCUCACUUUUUCCUGGAUGAACUGCAUUUAGAGGUGCUGCAAUUUAUUGUGUUUGGUGGAUGAGACAAUAUUGAAUGUACAUUUGUAUAAAUUAUAUUGAAUGCAUAUAAUGAUAAUUAGUUAUUAACUGAAAA